AUGGGAGACGAUCCUGGGAGGCUUUAUCGUUUGAAUGGAGUUGCUCAUAUCGCCGGGGUGAUCAACGACGAGUGGUUUAGUGAUAGUGGUAUUUCUUAUCGGUUUUUGAUAAUGGUUUAUGUUAUUCCUCGGCGUUGCAUAUCCAGCGUUAGGCGGCAGCAGGGGAUACGUCUUGAUGAGAGGUAUGUUCCGUACUUGCAGAUGGCCGGCUUGUACCAUCUUGUGAGACUGAACGACAGAUGGUUUCGACUAGACGAGCCCCUAGUCAAUGCAUUUGUCGAGAGGUGGCGGCCUGAGACGCACACCUUCCACAUGCCGUUCAGAGAGUGCACCAUCACGCUUCAGGACGUCGCAUACCAGCUGGGGUUGCCAGUUGACGGACAUUACGUCAGUGGUUGCCUGACAGACUUCCACCUUUGCAUUGAGGGUGGGAGGCCUGCCUGGCAGUGGUUCCAUGAGUUACUUGGUGUUUUACCUCCCGAGAACCAAGUUCAGAAAUUCGCAGUGAACUGCACCUGGUUCCAGGAGACAUUUGGAGAGUGUCCCGACGGGGCCGACGAUGAGACACUGUUUGCCGACAAGUCCGGCAAUCCUAUACACAUCAGAUGGCUACCCUUUAUUGCUAGACUUGAGGAGAUGGGUGGCUACAGUUGGGGGUCGGCGGCACUAGCAUGGUUGUACCGAUGCAUAUGCCGAGUCGCCAACAAACAUGUAGUGAAGUUAGCUGGGCCUCUACAGUUACUGCAGUCUUGGAUCUUCUAG